CUUUACAAGUUGUCUAGUCGACAUUUGAAAAUCUGAAUUCACGUUGAUCACAAUGAAUCAGAACAAUAAAGAGCUCUCGCAUAAGUAUCCGCCCCGCCAAGGCCAUAAGGCGUUCAUCAACAAACUGGCCAAAAAGCAAAAGUACUUCGAUUCGGCCGACUAUCAAAUGGCCCUCCAGACCCAGGAGCAGGGGCAAGCCAUGGGAGACGGCUUGCAGAUCACUGGCGCAGUGGUGCCCACACAGGAGGCCAUUUCAGCCAACAAGUCGCAGCUGCCACGGUCCCCUCUGGUAGAGCCAAAGCCCGACUCAACCUUGUCUUCGGUUUCAACCAAGCUGGAGGCCCUGGAAGUGGGGGAACACGAAUCACACUAACUUCCCUCCCCAUCGGAAUCAACACCCAUUGUUGACCAGCAGCCCGAAAGGAUGGCGUAGAUGCUGGAUCCAUUUGCAAAUAUUCUAUACACACCUUUACACUGGAACCAAUGCAAGACAGAAAGCCAGCAACAGUCUGGAACACAGCCAACGAACGCAGGGAUUUCCACGAUCUCUGUUAUAUUUGCAUGCUGCUUCUGCAGGCAGCUCUACACGUACAAGAGGCUUCAACAAGCCACAGCCAAAGAAAACAAGUAUCUUCAAAGAUUGAUCCAAGAUCUCUCGGGCUUUUGUUCUGGGAGCAUUCUCAGCCGAUGGAUGUCUUGGAUCUCUUUGCCUCUACCAGUGCUCUACUCCGCAAAUAUACGAAAAACAUCUGCCAGGACAAUUCACUUGUCAAAUUCAUUAUACAAAUGUACAACUUUCGGGCCGCGAGGCGCAUGAGGGGGCGCCGGAAGAUGGCUGCAAUAAAUAAUACCGUAUGGGGAAAUCUA